AUGACAGUCGAAACCAUCAUUGAGUCCUUUCAAGACUUCAACAUCAAUGCGCAAUUCCAACCUCUCUGCUUCAACCCUCCAGCCGCCCUCAAAGCAACUUGCAGCUCUCUCUCAAAGACCCCAACCUAUCUCUUUCGCGUGGCAUCUGCGAAGACUAGCGCCAAAACGAGCAGCACAUGGGUCCGUCCUAAGAGCACCCUCCCUCACAGGGAAGACAUCUUCUCCAACCUGAAUGAAGGCAAGAAACGAGACCGCAUAGCCGCCCUUCUGAAUGACCAUCUCUGGUGGAAGGAGCCCUCCAACGACCCCUUCGUUUCAUGGACCAGUUCCCUGCUCUUUGCGCUACAGUACAUCUACUUCCGCCGCUGGAGCUACCGCGACGGUUCGCCUCUGGACAAAAUAAACCUCUACGUGAUCGACACGACCGAGUUCCCUCGCGGAACUUUCAUCCGUGACUUGGACUUGCUCAAUGUCUUCCUCGAGAAUGAUCCGAAACCACACGGUGAAGGUCUAGCUAGGUUGAAGGAAUUCCGCGAUGCGGAACUCUACUUUGGCGAGUACCUGUCGCAGGGCGCGCUGCAGAUCGAGGGCAAAUGCCAGGUGAUCAGUGCGCAGUCCCUCUGUGAGGGCAACCGCCUCCGGCGCAUUCAGCCCGCAUUCGCGGAUAUCCAGCUUCCCCAGCAGAGACCGCGAUGGGCGAACGAGGUCCUUCGCCUGCGCGGGGUGUUGGAGACACGCAGGCAGACUCACCCGGCCGUACCGCAUGAUUGCAUGCAGGCGCUCCGCGAAAUUGUGGACUUGUUCGAGGACCCAGCCUGGAGACUUCCAAUGGCGGCAUACUUUGCAGCGUUGAUGGGGGAUCUGACUGAAACGGCCACAGCAAGUAUCACAACAAUACCUGUCGGGGUCACCGCUGCUGCAUUGCUCGAAGAAUUGCGAUCAUAUCAUGAAUCUUCCGACAUCGGUCUCGAUUGCGACCAGCUCAAAACGAAGGUCAUCGCCCCCGCAGCGAUGCCCGAAUUGACCCAGACCGAGAAGAUCUUUCGCCGUGUCCACAAAGACUACACUCUGAGGAAGGCACUUGAUACCCUAGGCAAAGCUAGGUCAUUCCUCGGAAGACUCGGGAGCAUAGCAGCUACCGUCUCGGCGGUCGACCCAGACCGAACAGUCGCGAAAGAGAUCCUAUCGGAGGUGAACACGAUAAUCAUGGACUCGAAUUUGAUAGUCUGCAUGGAUGCGUUCCCACAGCGGUUAUCUAGUUAA